CAAACAAUAACACAAAACAUGGCUUUCACAAAAAUCUCCGUAGUCCUUCUUCUCUGCCUCUUGGGUUUCUAUUCUGAAACCGUCAAGUCUCAAAACUGCGGUUGCGCUCCAAACCUCUGUUGCAGCCAGUUCGGUUACUGUGGUACCGACGAUGCAUACUGCGGUGCUGGAUGCCGAUCAGGUCCUUGUAGAGGCAGUGGAACCCCGACUGGUGGAUCGGUCGGUAGCAUUGUGACACAAGGUUUCUUUAACAACAUUAUCAACCAAGCUGGUAAUGGUUGCGCCGGGAAAAGAUUCUACACCCGUGACUCUUUCGUUAACGCCGCUAAUACUUUCCCCAACUUUGCCAAUUCCGUUACCAGACGUGAAAUUGCUACCAUGUUUGCUCAUUUCACUCACGAGACCGGACAUUUCUGCUACAUAGAAGAGAUUAACGGAGCAUCACGUAACUACUGCCAGAGCAGCAACACACAAUACCCAUGUGCACCUGGCAAAGGCUACUUCGGUCGUGGUCCGAUCCAACUAUCAUGGAACUACAACUACGGAGCGUGUGGUCAAAGUCUCGGUCUUGACCUUUUACGCCAGCCCGAACUUGUCGGUAGCAACCCAACUGUAGCUUUCAGGACGGGUUUGUGGUUUUGGAUGAACAGCGUAAGGCCGGUUCUGAACCAAGGGUUUGGAGCCACCAUUAGAGCCAUCAAUGGAAUGGAAUGUAACGGUGGUAAUUCCGGUGCAGUCAACGCAAGGAUUGGAUACUAUAGAGACUAUUGUGGACAGCUUGGUGUGGACCCUGGUCCUAACCUUAGUUGCUAAAAAAACUUUGAACCCAAACACGCACACUUGUGACGUGGCACGUGAUAAGAUGG